CUGCGCGCCGCCCGCUCCGCCCCACCCCCCGCCUCGGCCCUGAAGGGCUGGAUAGGCAAGUUGGGCGCGAUGGCUCGAGCCCGGGUGGCGGCGGCGGCGGCGGCGGCGGUGGCUGGAGGCGGCGGCGCUUCCUCCUCCUCGCUCCGGCGCCGGCGGUGAUCCGAGCGAGCGGCCGCGGCCCCCGAUGAGACUGUUCGCGGGCUGGCUGUGCCUGAGCCUGGCGUCCGUGUGGCUGGCGCGGAGGAUGUGGACGCUGCGGAGCCCGCUCACCCGCUCCCUGUACGUGAACAUGACGAGUGGCCCCGGCGGGCCGGCGGCGGCCGCGGGCGGCCGGAAGGAGAACCACCAGUGGUAUGUGUGCAACAGAGAGAAAUUAUGCGAAUCACUCCAGGCUGUCUUUGUUCAGAGUUACCUUGAUCAAGGAACACAGAUCUUCUUAAACAACAGCAUUGAGAAAUCCGGCUGGCUAUUUAUCCAAUUAUAUCACUCCUUUGUGUCAUCUGUUUUUAGCCUGUUUAUGUCUAGAACAUCUAUCAAUGGGUUGCUAGGAAGAGGCUCAAUGUUUGUGUUUUCACCAGAUCAGUUUCAGAGACUGCUUAAAAUUAAUCCAGACUGGAAAACCCAUAGACUUCUUGAUUUAGGUGCUGGAGAUGGAGAAGUCACAAAAAUCAUGAGCCCUCAUUUUGAAGAAAUUUAUGCCACUGAGCUGUCUGAAACUAUGAUAUGGCAGCUUCAGAAGAAGAAAUACAGAGUGCUUGGCAUAAAUGAAUGGCAGAAUACGGGGUUCCAGUAUGAUGUCAUCAGCUGCUUGAAUUUGCUGGACCGCUGCGAUCAGCCCCUGACUUUGUUAAAAGAUAUCAGAAGUGUCUUGGAGCCAACUAGAGGCAGGGUCAUCCUUGCCCUGGUCUUACCCUUUCAUCCCUACGUGGAAAACGUAGGUGGCAAGUGGGAUAAGCCGUCAGAAAUUUUGGAAAUCAAGGGACAGAAUUGGGAAGAACAAGUGAACAGUCUGCCUGAAGUUUUCAGAAAAGCUGGUUUUGCUAUCGAGGCUUUUACCAGACUGCCGUACCUGUGUGAAGGCGACAUGUACAACGACUACUACGUUCUGGAUGACGCCGUCUUUGUUCUCAAACCAGUGUAAGCACGAGGAGGUUGAAGUCCUCGGAGUCCACCCCAAGAAUGUAUGCUCUGGAAGAGGGUCUGCGUUCGCGAUUAUGUGAAGGGAGGAUCUUUGGGGACUGCCAUUCUCAGUAUCAUGUAGGAAUUUAAAAAGCCAAAAUACUAAUUAUUUCUUUGUAGUGUGUAAAAGGAAUGUUUUUAAAAAACAAAAACCCAACUCUUUAAGGAUUUUUAUCAACUCUACCCGGCAAUGCAGGUCACACUCCAAUUAUGGAAGAUAUUUUUUAUACUUAAUUGCAGUAGGGACUCAUUCCCAGUCAAAGCAAUAGUCAUGACUUCACAUGGAACCAGUAAAUACGGAUUGUUUUUAAUAAAAUGAAGAGACUGGCAAUAAAACUGUCCGUGCAAUCGCAAAUAUUGGUUAUAAGAUGUAGCCUCUGAUACUCUCUCAUGUUUAGGAAUUCUGUCAUUAUUCAAGAAAAUGUUUUUAAUCACGCUAAUAAACUUUUUUGGAGAUGA